AUGGGUUGGUUUUGGGGCAGCAAUAAUGAUCCUGUCCAGAAGUUGGAUCCAGGGCUUCGUGACUAUCUCGAGCAGGAAAAGCCCGACAAGUAUGUGCCUGGACCCGAUGUGAAGCCGCCUACGCCUGCGCAAGCAUCUGAAACUACCGAAUCCUCCAAACCGAAAGUCCCUGCAGCAUCACUCUUCCCAGAUGGCCGUUACGCUGAUCUAUGGAAAACCUACAAGCCGCCCGCGGACAACGACGAACAAAACGGAGUCCGCGGGGCAUCCCGAGUGAUUGAAAAGCAUAAGGAGCGCGGAGAUACAGUGCAACGAGCAGCAAUGGAGAACUGUGCCCUAGAGCAAGAAGCUCUGACCUAUUGCUUCCAGACCGGCAACUGGCGCAAGCAAAUCGAAUCCCGGUUGACGAUGUGCUCUGCGGAGAAUUCCACUUUUUCGCGAUGCUUCAUGACCCAGACUAAAUUCCUCCAAGCCCUUGGCUACGCAGCUAGCUUCGAUUACGACGCCGAGAAAGAGGAGCGCAUCCAAAUGCAUGCGGACAAACUCUACCACCAGAUGCUAGAUUAUGAAAAGCGAGUCAAGGAGGCCAAGGCUGCCGGCCUUGAGCCACCACCCAUCACGUCGCUUUUCAACCCAGAGAAGCCGUCGGCAGCUCCGGCACAAGGUGUCGAAAUUCCAGGAGGGGAGCCCAUCCCGGAAGGAUUCAAACCGUCGAAGCCCCUACAAAAGCUUACGCCGCAUGAGCGAGAGCUGGAGAUCAGGGCACACUAUGCGCAGUUGGAGCAGCAGAAGCUUUAUGUGGAGGAGGCAGGGCCCUUCAUGAAGACUCAAGGCGAUGCUCGGCAGAAGCGACAGGAGAAAGCUGUCAGUUGGUUUGGAGAGACGAUUGGCAGAUGGAUAUCAUAG